AUGUUGAAAGAUGGAACGGAUAUGAUAAAAAAAUCGUCAGGAAGUGGUGAAAUGUUUGCAGAAGAAACCAUGAAAGCGAUGAAAGUAAUUUGCUGGAGAUGCAAUCACCUCGUUGUUAGACGUAAUGACGGAAGCGGUGGAGGUGGCCGUGGAAGCAAUCACGGAAAUUUAAUUAAACCUCUAGAUAGUUUUAAUUAUGCUUUCGAUGUCUGCACUAAUGACUAUAUUGCAUCUUUAUACCAAAAACGAGCAACGGUGGAACAGCUCUGUUCCAGUGAUACUCGCAAUACUUACUUGGCACUUUCUUCUGCUGCAAAAAAAGACAUUACUAAAAUUGAAAUUUACAGUUUGCAAUCAAAUGAACUUCGACCAACAAUUUCUGUAUUCAAAAAUUUUGUUUGA